AUGAGUUUAAAAACAUCAUUAAAAAUGGACAAUCAAGAAUCUUUAAAUUCAGUAACAAUUACUACAAAAAUUCCAUCAUUAUUCCAACCAGUAAAAUUAACUAACGAUAUAAUUUUAAAGAAUCAUAUUGCUAUUUCUUCAAUGUGUAGUUUUGCAGCUACUCCAAAACAUGAAAUUGCAAAUUUACAUUUUUCAAGAUAUAAAUCAUUUGCAUUACAAAAACCUGGUUUAAUUAUGUUUGAAGGUAUAUUUAUUUCUGAAAAUGGAUUAACUGAUGAAAAAGAAUUGGGGAUUUGGAAUGAUGAACAAGCUUUUAAAAUUAAAGAAUUAAUUCAAGAAAUUCAUGAUUUAAAUUCUAUUUGUUGUGUACAAUUAUUUCAUAGUGGAAGAAAAGCUAAAGGUAAUGAUAUUGUUGCACCUUCUCCAAUUCCAUAUGAUUCUAAUUCAGUUACACCUAAAGAAUUAUCAAUAAAUGAUAUUCAAGAAAUUAGAAAACAAUAUCUUGAGGCUGCUAAAAGAAGUAUAAAUAUAUGUGGAUUUGAUGCAAUUGAAAUUGCUUGUUGUAAUGGGAAUCUUUUACAUCAAUUUCAAAGUAAAAUUACAAAUGAACGACAUGAUGAAUAUGGUUAUAAAUCACCAAAUUCAAGAAUCAAAUUGUUAUGUGAAAUAAUUGACGAUAUAAAUAAGGAAUUUAAUUGA